AUGAGGUCCCAUCCGAAGACGGAUGGAGAGCCGGACGCGUCCGUGUACUCCACAGCUCACAUCAUGCACUCCAUGUUCACGCCCGGGACGUCGCGUGUCAGCUUCGAGCUCGAGGAGAGCAUCGCCAUGCAGCUGGCCUCCGACAUGCGGGGCGACCGGCUGUGCUCCGUGGCCUGCAGCUUGGCCUCGUGCCUAAUCCUGCGCGGGAGCAGCGUCGACAACCUCGUGCUCCCCGUCAGCCUCAUUUCCGACCAUGUGCAGUCCCUGAUAAUUCGCCUGCAGCACCUACCCCAUGACGUGGUCCUCGAGGUUAAGCACCCGACCACCACCGAGCCCCUGGCCCAGCUCGACCUCCCGCUGGCCGCAGGAGGCCGUUGGCUGGGCAGCUGCAAGUACAGCCUGGCAGAGGCGCACAUCCCUUCCACCCUCCCGACGCUUCGGCUCUUCACCAACAAGCUCGCGCAGUGGCUCACUCACUUCCUCAAGCAGUCGUUCGAGGAGAGCUGGGAGAAGCACAUGCUGGAGAUCCAGCAGCAGGGCAGCCCCGCCAAGCCGCCCAGCUGCACAGAAGUAAAGUCCAUCUGCUAG